AUGCCCGACCCCACCGACGAAUCCGGCGCCACCCCGCGCGAACUCCUCAUCGAAGCCUCCCGCCGCAACAACACCUCCCUCCUCUCCGACCUGCUCAAAACUAUGCCCUCCCCCUCCACCAUCUCCACCUUCCUCAACACCACCACCGACGCCCUCGGCGCCUCCGCCCUGCACAUAGCCGCGUCGUACGGCUCCUACGACGUGCUGGAUCUGAUACUAGAUCAAGAGGGCGUCGAGAUCGACGGGCCGGAGAAGAGGGAUGGUGACACGCCGCUGCAUAAGGCGGUAAGGUACGUGAACGGUUUACGGGAUGAGGAGGUGGCGGAGGGGAAGGCGGUGGUGGAGAUUCUGUUAGAUGCCGGGUGUGAUCCGCGGAUACGGAAUAAGGCGAAGCUUCGCCCGGUGGAUUUGGUGGAUCGAGGGAAGGUGGGCGUGAGGCAGGUGCUGCAGAAGGCGGAGAUGGGGGUGAUGGCCGGUGGGGAUGUGGUGGAUGAAGACGAGGAUGAUAGGCCGAAUGGGCCGGGGAGUGAGAGUGAUUAG